GGAGGAGACCUGCUCGUACUUUGCCCUAAUUCGUCUCCUCCAAUAUCAAGUCGAGGGUAAGUAAUGUUUUUUAUCUUCAAUUUUUUUGGUCCAAAUUUAUUUAUUUUGUUCAAAGCUGAUUUUUUACUUAUUUUUCAGUGUUUUCCUCUCGGAAAUUACACGUGAACCCUAAAUUCUGGAUUUUGAAUCACCCAUUGCAAUUUUUCUUCUUCCAUUAUUAGAUUUUUCAUUGUUUUGCACGAAAAAUUCUAGUUGUUAAUUUACUCCAUGCUUGGAUCAUAAUUUCAAGAUAAUUUUUUCAUUACUUUUUUUAGUGUUUGGAAAAUUUGAGAGAGAAAUUUUCAUGAAUUUGUCAUGAAUUUUCUCUUGAAUUCUGGUUUGGAAGCUCCAUCUCCUCUCUGUGGUCAUGUCUCCGAAAGAUUUAGGAAAGAGGAGAAAAGGGGAGUUUCCUCUCUGUUCAAAAAAGAAGAGGAGGGUUUUUACCACCCCAAAAUGUAUGAUCUUGAAGUGCCUUGAUGCUCCGAUUGUCUCUUCAAUCACUGGUUCAACCGGUGACUCCAUCUGCUUGAAACCCAACAAGUUAUACACAUUUGGUAGGAAAAAGAGCUGCUGUGAUUUUAUAUUUUUGGAUCGCCGGGUUAGUAAAAGGCAUUGCCAGUUAUUCUUUGAUGGGGUUGAUCGCAAACUGUUCAUUGUAGAUGGGUUUGUUUUGCCGUCUGAUAGUGGUUUGGAUCAAAUUAGGGGGUUCUAUGGAUCAAAAUUUGAGAAACCCAAUUUAGGGUCAAGGGGUAAUGAAGCUUCUUUGAAUGGGGUAUUUGUUAAUGGUUUUAGGCUUGGGAAUGGUGAUAUUAGGGGAUUGGAUAUUGGUGAUGAGGUAUCAUUUGUUUGUGGCAACAAAUUGGAUAGUGAGAUUGGAUGUUCUCUAGGGUUUUUGGUGAAGGACUUCAGUUUUGGGGAGGGUACCGAUAGAUUAGGUGAUGGCAAGACUGAUAGAUAUUUCAAAGAUGAAUUUGUUCGUGUUAUAUCUAAGUUGGGUAAUAUAGAGGGAAAAACUUCAGAUAAGGUACUCGUUGAUGCUGGGAAGAAAUCGCAAUUGACUCGUUAUGGAAAGAAAAAUUUGAGUUUUCUGUGCAAUAACGGGAAGCGUAACCUUUGUCAGGUUUAUAACUCAACGAAUGAUUCUUUAUGCAAAUGUAGAGCUGUAUCUAUAAUGGGGAAUCUGAGGGAGAAUCAAUUGUUGAUGAAGGGUAACAAAUCCAGUUAUUUUUCAAUUCAUGGUGUUUUCCAUGAAUCAGACUUCCAUGGAGAAUUGAUAACUAAGGCCCUGGGACUUCUAGACAAAUGCAAAAAUUUAUUGCAAUCAUAUGACUGUGCUUUUCUCUUGCAGAAAAAUGUGGGGACCUCUAGUGUCUCAGUUACUAAUUGGUCAGGACAUGAUGAGUUGUUGGUUGAAGAUGAGGUUGCUUUCAGAAGAAGGGAAACUGCCGCUAUUAGCACAAUUGUGCAUUCAAAGAAACUAAAUGGGGAUGAGAAUUUGGUGCUUGAGGAGAAAUUGGGUAUGAGAAGUUGCUUUGAAAGAUCAUCAUUAUCAUCAGACAUCGUUGAAAAGCUUGUUCCCAACUGUAAUUUAGAAGAGCAUUGUAAUAGAGGCCUGGCUUCUGAGAUUCUAUUACCCAUAAAUAAGUGUAAUUCAUAUCCCACAUCUGGAUUCGAAAACUCUAUGAAAUUUGAGCCUAUGUACUUGCAUGGUGGUCCAAGGAAGAUGCAUUCUUAUGGGAAAUCUGUUAGGAAAGUCACAGGUGAUUAUAUGUUUGAGGAUCACCUCACAAGUGUUGUAGACAGCAUUGAUCUUCAUGAAUCUCCAAACUUUAUCGAUUCAAGUGAGAAGGCAGUAAUUCGUGAUAACUUUCAGGAUGGGAAAUCAUACCAAAAUAGUCCAAAUUUAUCAAAUGUUUCGAUGAAUGUUAAUUUAUGUAGAAAUAAGGGAAUUGUAGCUGAUGUGUGCCUUAGCAACAUUUCAUCACCAAAUCACAGUAGAAUGCCUGGUUAUCCGGACAAGGGUUUGUCAGGGAAAAGCAUUGAAGGACUUCAGUCAGAGAAAUCUAUUGAUAUUGAUUUUCUUUCAUCAGGGAAGACAAUAUUUUUGAACCGCCUUGAGUUUAUGAGCCUGAAUUCAUCAGACCAACCUGCAACAGUGUCUUUGCCCGAUCUGUUUACACCAGUGGAGAGUCUAUCCGGCAUAUUCAUUGCAACAUUUACAAAUGAUAUAAUGUGGUUUUUGACAUGCUGUAAAGUGCCCAAAAAUUUACCUAUGACCAUUGCAUGUCAUAAUACUGAGAGAUGUUGGAGUCCUAAUUGUGCUGACCGAUACUUGUUGCCUUAUCCGGAAUAUCCAAACCUUAUAGUCAUUUAUCCUCCAUUCCCAGAUACUAUAGCUUUUGGUAAAGAUCGCAAGAGGCAAGGGGUAGCAUGCCAUCAUCCAAAAUUGUUUGUCUUGCAGAGAGAAGAUAGCAUACGUGUUGUUAUUACUUCUGCAAAUUUGGUUUCAACACAGUGGAAUAAGGUUACUAAUACCGUCUGGUGGCAAGAUUUCCCUCGCAGUACACUUGAUCUUCCAUCUCUUUUUAGUCGUUCAUCAUCAUGGGGAGAAGACAAAGGCUCACAAUCUGAUUUUGCUGCUCAUUUGGCGGGAUUCAUAGCAUCUCUUGUUAUUGAUGUACCAAGACAGGCACAUUGGAUCAUAGAAUUAUCUAAGUAUGAUUUCAAGAAGGCUUCAGUUCAUUUGAUUGCUUCAAUUCCUGGCUUGCAUGAACGCGUCUCUCCUUAUAUGAUGGAGCAUAUGCAUGUCUUAACUGCUAUGCCUGUCUCGAUACAUUCGCAGUUUGUGGGUGCAAGCUUUCUUGGCUCUGUGCAAGCAUCUGUAGUAGGUCUCACUCACCGGUUUCGUUCUAACGCUGAUACAAAUGGUGAACAACUGAGGUCUCUUGCUUCUAUCCUUGGGAAUUGCAGAGGAAAUGCUUAUGGAAAGUCAGAGGUUGUCUUGAAAAGAAAUUUCAACAUACCUGCUGAUCCCAAUGCUGUGAGCGUCAUAGUUUCUGAUCUAGUUCAUUGCUCAGAAGAGACUAUUCAUGGGGAAGAUUAUGUCCAGCUUGGUUUUUUACCAAGAGAUGUUGCGAAAUGGGUAGCACCUCUGUGUGAUGCAGACUUUUUCUCUUUUUCUGCCUUUGUAUCUCCUCAAGAGGCACUAGCAGCUGCUCUAGUAGGGAACAAUAAUAAAGUGCAUCUACUGUUAUAUGUGUUUGAGGGGCCAAAGUUUUCCCAAAUGCCAAAAUUGAUGGAACAUGAGCAUGUCGCUGCUAUGUGCCAUCUUCUUGUGUCCAUACAAAGAUGUCUAGGCCUUUGGCGCUUACAAGAGGUUCUUUCCCAGUACAAGUGGCCAGAAUCCCAGGAAAUCGACUUCAUAUAUGGUGCCUCCUCUGUAGGAACAUCUCUUGAUGCCCAAUUUUUAGGUGCAUUUUCUACAGCAACAGGGAAAAGAUCAAUCUUAUCUGAUGAUUCACAAGAGUCUGAUCCUGAGUGGGGUUGCUGGAAUGCUGAGCAUGAGGAGAAGAAAUCAUCCAUUCGUAUUUUAUACCCCACAAUUGAGCAAGUGAGGAAUGGGGCCCAUGGAAUCUGGCCUUACAGACGCCUCCUCUCCUUCUCUGAGAAAACAUGGCAGAGAUUGAGAACUGCUAAUAUGUUUCACGAUGCUAUCCCUCGUCCAUGCAGUAGAGUUGGCUAUCCCAUGCAUGUUAAGGUAGCUCGGAGACGCUUUUGGUGCAAAUCAAAUGCAACUUCUUUUGGUUGGAUAUAUUGUGGUUCACAUAAUUUCAGCCCAGCUGCUUGGGGUCGUCCUCUUAAAAACUCAUCCGGCUCAAAGCAAGGCCCAACCACGAGCUCUAUAUUGGGCUCAAGACUCCACAUUUGUAAUUACGAACUUGGUGUGAUUUUGAUAGUUCCUCCUCCUGAUAUUUGUAGAAAUGCUAAGGGAAUUACCGAAAAUUUGGAUGAUAUUAUGUUGCCAUUUGUUGUGCCUGCACCCAAGUAUCAGGGUAGUGAUAGGCCUGCAACUGCUCAAGCCAUGAGGCAAGCUCUGGUUGAAAGUAUGGAAUUGGAAAAGAAAAAGAACACUCUGUUGGAUGUUGAACAAGAGGUGACGGAUAUCGAAGUCCUAGAAGAUGAUGAGGAGAUGGUAGAUGUGAGUUGUAUAGAUGAGGAGAAGAAAGAGGAGGAUAACUAUUAUGCUGAGAUUCUCUGGAACCAAGUGGAUUCACCUGGGGUCUAAUGCAUCUCCAAGCCAUUGUAAUAAUUUCUAUGCAUUCUUCAAUAAAUAUAUUAGUGAUUCAAUUAAUGUUGAAACUAGAGGGGUUUUUUUUUUCGUACCUUCUUUUGUAUUAUUUGUAACGUUGUGAUUCAUUGUAUUAUGCAACCAAUUAAUCAAAUCCCAUAUUUCUGGUGUUU